AUGGUCAUCCAGCUGCCUCAGGAGGAGCUGGCCACAUCUGUGGGGAUUAUUCUUUACUCUCUGAUCUGCCUAUCAUGCAGUUUUCUCAUGUCAUGGUUGGUCUACGUUCAUCAUGAGGAACUCAGCUAUGUCGCAUUGGUUUCAUACUUCACGGGGCUGUCGACGGCGGCUUCUGUAGCCCAGCAGAUUCACACGCUUCUACGGUGGAGGGAUAUCAAGCUCGAUCAGUUCCAGCAUGCCAACGCCAAUGUCGGCAACCCUGAGUUGGCCAUAUCUCACGAGUCAGUUGGUAUUGAUUUGGCCCUUUUCUACAUCCAGUUAUACUGCUACAAUGUCGAAUCAGCCUUGAUCUUCUUCUGGGCCUUCUCUCUCGCUCAGUCAAUCUUCCGCCUCGAACUAGCCUCUUCGCUACGUAAACGAGCCACCUAUAUCGCGAAGGCCACCGCCGUCCUCCUGCCGGCGUUGCUGGUGGGUACUCUCAGACUCGAGGCGGUUCAGAAGCAGACCGUGACCUUCCUCUUACUAGCAGAUUUAUUCAUGGGCUUCUGCAUGAGUGGCUGCGGCCUUCUUCUCAUCAUCAUCUUGGCCAAAUACAUUUAUACGCGCCGGAAUCUCAUGUCUUGGAAAGUUCAAUAUGGCCAACAGUCAAACAAAUCAGCAAGCAGCAACCCACUCGUCUUCAGUGGUCCCAACUGGAAGCGCCGCCGGAGCAUCUACGACAACUGGCUGGUGGUACGCUUCACCAUAGCAUUUGUUGCCAUAGCCACCUACCAAUUUUUUAGCAUCAUAUACCAAACCCUUUCCUCACGGCAGAAUUCCCGUGACUUCCUGAGAGAAAAGCCGGAUCUCAGCGUCGCCCGACUGCACCAGGACCUCCUGCUUUUCAUCCCCGGCGUUACCGCGAGCCUGUUGGACUUUGUGGUUUUCGGUACAACAAAGACUUUCCUAGACUAUCUCGUACACACGCUCUUUUCGCGAAGGCUCCUAGAUAGUAACGUUGAGGAGGCGAACAAUCCAGCCCUGCAACGGGCCCCUUCACCGCAAGCGUUAGCUCAGAGAAGAGCAGCAUAUCCGCCGCGGCUCUCGCUGGCCCCGUACAAAUUGAACGGCGGAGGCCUUGGCGGCCUGUACACACCCAUCUCUGAUAGGGGCAGUAUUCAGAUGAGGGAGCUGAGCACUGGUGACACGAAAACCGUCGAAGAAGAUGAUCAGUGGCCACUGGUUAGCGUUCAAACGGGCUCUACUGUCCCGAAGAAACCUGUAAAAGUGUAUCUGUUUCCGAAACAGUAG